AUGGCUUUAUGGCGCCUCUGCUUUGUCCUACUCUUCUCCUAUUUAGGAGCUGAUGCAAAAUUAUUUACUUUCAGAAAUGAUUGUGAGGUCACACUAUGGCCAGGGAUCUUAGCAAAUGCAGGAAAACCCCAGCUAGCCAACGGUGGUUUCCGUCUACCACCACAUUCUGCUGCAACCAUCUUUGCACCUACUGGAUGGGCCGGCCGCUUCUGGGCACGCAGCCAAUGCACCUUUGACGAAACCGGCAACGGAAAGUGCGCCACCGGUGACUGCGGUGGAGCCUUAUGGUGUAACGGCGCGGGUGGUGUACCACCAGCAACGCUUGCUGAGUUCAGCCUUGAUAACCCCAAGGAUUUCUAUGACAUUAGCCUUGUGGAUGGAUUCAACAUCCCAAUCUCUAUAGUCCCUUCUCUGACAAAUUGUUCCGGGGCAGAAUGUACUGCAGACUUGAACAGGCAAUGUCGACCAGAACUGCAAGUUACAUCAGAUGGGAAGGUGGUUGCAUGCAAAAGUGCAUGCCUUGCUUUUGGUAAACCUGAAUUCUGUUGUGCAGGAAGCAACAGUAACCCAAAUACGUGCAAGCCUUCAGUGUAUUCUAAAGAGUUCAAAGCUGCCUGCCCAACAGCUUAUUCCUAUGCUUUUGAUGAUCCAACCAGUACUUUUACCUGCCAAGGAGCUGAUUACUCUAUAAUUUUCUGCUGAUUACAAGGGGAAAGGUGAUGGAAAUUACUGCAG